CUUAUCAAGAGGAAAUGCAGCACACAGACCUCAAGAUGAUAAUGGUCAUGUGGAUUAAAGUGGUGCUGUUUAAUAAAUUUGUUCCUGCACAAACAAACAGCGUCCAUCAGGCGAACCCGGUGAUCACUGCUACUGCUGGUGAUAACGUGACUCUACAGUGCUUUCUGCUGGGAGAACAAAAUACUGAACCCAUCGUCUGGUACAAGCAAGCAGGAGGACACGAACCUUCUUUAGUGGCUGUGGUACAGAAAGCACAGGAUCCCAUUUACAAAGAUAAAGUAAAUUCUCCAAGAUUCAGAAUCGAGAAAGGAAGCAAGAACUGUCAUUUGAAGAUAAUCAACGUGAACCCAUCAGAUGAGGCCAUGUAUUACUGUGGCUUGAUUACAUUUUACACAGUAUUUGCAAAAGGAACAUUUUUAUCAGUGAAAGGUGAUGGAGAUGUAAAAGUGUCAGUGUUCCAGAGCGGCGUGUCGGACUCGGUUCCUGCAGGAGUGUCAGUGACUCUGCUGUGCUCGGUUCUCUCUGAGAGCAGAUCAGCAGAACUCCAAGUGCUCUGGUUCAGAGCUGCUCCACCACAAUCCCAUCCUCAAAUCAUUUACACUCAUCACAACAGCAGCCAUCAGUGUGAGAGCGGCUCUUCUACACACACCUGUGUGUACAACUUCUCCAAGAACAUCCUCAGCCUCAAUGAUACUGGAACUUACUACUGCGCUGUGGCCGUGUGUGGGAAGAUCAUUUUUGGGAACGGGACACGAGUACAACUGCAGAACUUUGAAACAUCCUUUAAUCCUGUCGUGAUCUGUCUGGGAACUGCUUUAUUAAUAUGUGGGAUUCUGAUCUCUGUUCAAGCUGUUUUACUCUGUAAAAUGAAAAACUGCCAACAAUUCAGAGAGAGAUUUCAGCAUCGUUCUGCGAUAAACACUGAGACGACGAACACUCAGGACCAUGAUGCUGUAGAACUGAAUUAUGCUGCCUUACAUUUUAAUGAAAGGAAAACUAAAAGAGUGAGAGAACAUCGAGGUCGACCUCAAGACAGCGUGUACUCUGAAGUGAAAUCUUCCAGCAUUACUCACUAAUUAUACUUUAAUAUUAUUCUUUUACUGAAAUUGUUAGCCAACAACAUCUUUUUGUUCAUCACUCCAGUACAGAUCUGAUCUAGAGGCUUGUGUUGGCUCAAGCCCUUACCAAGAAACUUUUAUUUAUUUAUUAUAUCGUACCAAAUUGAC